AGAAAUGAAUUCAUCAGUGCGUUACUGAAUCAUCUACAACACAACAAUAUGGUGCUGAAUCGAACAGACUGCGAGGCGUUGUUCGCCAAACUGAACCUUCCCAAAGAUGUCCGUCUUGAUAGCUUCCUUCUUGAACCUUUCUCAAAGGAAAUUAUGGGAUAUCUAGGAGAUCAUCUACGUCUUACGCUUGUAACAAACAAUGGGGAAAACUACACUUUGUUUGUUAAAGUCGUCGCGGAUAAUAAAGGAAUGCUCAAAUGUUUUGACGAUCUGCCAUUGUAUGAAAAAGAGUUGUUUACCUAUGAAUUAGUUGAGAAAGCAGCAGAGGAAUUGUCUACAUAUCAAUUGGAUACAUCAAUAGUGCCCAAAUUACUAUUGACGAAGAGUACACCAACUGGCGAGAAGGUGAUGGUGUUUGAGAAUCUACAAACACAAGGAUUUAUGGCGUCAAAAAGUCAUAAACUAACAGAUGACGAAAUCCUAGCUGGUUUGAAAGCGUUAGCAAAGUAUCACACCAUUAGCAUCGCAUGGGAGACACUUGGUCAUCAUGAUAUUCAGAAAGAAAGCAGCGCGGAAUCCCUGCACCCUUGGUUUAUAAAAUCGGACAAAACAUGUUCGGGACAUAAAUAUUUCCAGGCGACUAAACAAGGAUGUCUGGAACUAGCGAGACUUUUAUAUCCUGAUGACGUAGAAUUACCGGCGAAGAUAAUUGCAUCUUGUGAUUCGGUGCUGGAUGUCCUCAAUGAUGAUAACCCUUGGCGUAAAGUGCUUUGCCAGGGUGAUUUAUGGGGUUUUAACCUUUUAUUUAAACAAAACUCAGAAUCUGGAGAAAUUCUAGCUAAAGUGAUUGACUUCCAGUUGUGUCGAUAUGCACCACCAGCACAUGAUGUUACAAUGUUGCUUCACAUGGCUACAGUAUCCUCACAACGUAAAAGAUCAUUGAAUAAAUUCUACAACCAUUAUUAUCAAUCCCUAAAGACAGAAUUGACUUCUCUAGGUCUAGAUAUUGACAGGAUUCUACCUUUGGAUGAAUAUGAAGAUACCUGCAAGGUUUACAUGAAGGUUGCAAAGUUUAUUUGGUUGAAGUACAGGCAAACUUCCGAGCAGAGUUUUGAAAACGCCAAAGCAAUGCAAGCAGACUUUGAAACCAUGGUGAAAGUUGUCGUGGGGUCUGGACGUCCAGAAUUCAUCAGAAAACUCUUCCAGAUUGAUCCUCCAUACAAGAAAAACAUAGCUGUUAUUUUCUCAGAAUUUCUAGAGAAUGUGACUUAUCAUCCCUUGCCUAUCGAAGACAUUUAUUUGAUUAUUAAUAAAAAAUUAACAGAUGUUUACGGGAAAAUACCAGAAUAUGACUUGGUUGGUUAUUGCUCCAAAGAAAUCGUCAACAUUUCUGGUUAUCUUGGUAAUUACCAUAAGAUUAAAUUAACAGUGAAAGUCCAUUGCUCCAAAAAGAAUGAAUUACUACGAAUGAAGCUGUUUGCGAAAAUGUUACCGAAAACAGACGCGUUGAAAGACUUCCACGAACAAACAAAUUGCGGCUUUAAAGAGUGUCAGUUCUUUUCGACGAUUGUCCCGCAUAUGUUAUCACUGGGAUUGGAUGAGGUUCGUGAUUGUGUACCCACGUGUUAUCUCGCCAAUCGAGAGGGUUUAGUGUUUGAUGAUUUGGUCACCGAAUUCAACUACGAAAUGGGUAAGAUACGCGAGACAAUGCCACUGGAAACUGUGAAAAUUGGUCUGCGAGCCUUGGCGAAGUUACACGCUUGUGGUUUAUUACUAGAGGAUAAAACAGGUAAAAAACUACCUGAUAUGUAUCCAAUUGAGUUCCAAGAAACAUUCUACAAUCAAAAAGAGAUGAGUAAGAAUCUACUCAAAGCUGGCAAGAAGGGAAUAAGCAUGGGGAUUGAUUUGUUUUACGCCAGUCAAGAUAAAUCUAAAAAUCUAAGUCCAGAUGUAGAAGUAUUGAAGCAAUAUGCUUGUCAAGCGAUUGAUAAAUUUAUUCCCCUUGUUAAACCAUCGGAGAAAUAUCGUAAUACGAUUUGUCAUGGUGACCUGUGGGCGAGUAAUAUGAUGUUUACAUCCGGAAAUGGAAAAAUUAUCGAUUUUCAAUCGUAUAGGUACUGCCCAUGCACGCAUGAUCUCACGCAGUUUCUGCAUUUUAAUAUGUACCGCGCGGACCGGAAACGACACUGGCAGGAUAUGCUGAAGUUUUAUUACCAGGAGUUUGAGAAGGUUUUUGUUGCGCAUGGACGCAGCGUGGAUGAUUUCAUGCCGUAUGAGAGUUUCUUGAAAUCAGCGGUGAUUGAUGAACAAUUUGCGUUGUAUCAAACAAUGACUCACUUUCAGACUAUUAUGUUGACGUCGGAAUCGCUGCAGGUCCUGUUUGCAGAUCCGGUGAAGUCCAGGAGAGAUUUGUUUGAAGAUCGGUCACAGCAUGUGAAGUAUCAUUGGCAGAAUGAUGAAUUAUUUAGGGAGAGAUUAGCUGGUGCUAUUGAUGAUGUUCGAGAGUAUUAUUUGAAGCAUUAGUGUAUUUGUUUAAUAAAUAAAUAAAUCCCUACUAA